AUGAGUUUUAGGAAAAAGCUAGACCAAAGGAGAAACUGCAAUGAAACCGUUUACGAGGCCUACGGAAAAAUUGAUCCACAUUUGAACCCGAAUGAAAAGAUAAUACAGGCGAAAAAUGACGUGGACGAAAAUUCGGCGAAGAAACUCCCCUUCUUUAUGAACAAGGCUAUGAAAAAUGAGAAGAAGUACCACUUCCUUAUGAACGUCAACGAGAGAGACGAAGACGUUGAAUUCGUGGCGAAGGCGAUGAGCACUUAUUUAAAUGUAGGCGAGGCGAUUAGAGUUCGAAUGGCACUCUUGUACUGCACGGAGCAGUACACCCUGUUUCGAAAUUAUUUGAUAGCCCUGAGGGAAAUGCUAAAGGGAGUUUUAGCCAUAAAAGUUACGAGGAAGGGAAAAAUAAAAAAAAAUAUAUUAAGAUUUAAUCGUGGACAUAUAUGCAUCAUGGCCAGUUGGUCAAGGAAAAUACUAAUGUAUGAUCAGAUAACCCAAAUUAAUAUUGGCAGUAGCUGUACCCCCGAAUUGAGAUUAUUUGAGAAAAAUUAUAAAGACACUUCCAACAGGCCCAAUUAUGUUGUUCUGAGGACUCUGUACAGGGACUACAGUUUUUUGUUUAUAACGGAUGAAAAAAUUUUAUUGAAACUUAAGAAUGAGUGUCCAUUAGUAAAAUUAAAAAAUCUUUUAAAAAAUUCAAAUGUUCAUGUGCAAAAUGAUAAUUUGGAGUUAAAUAAUUCCCUUAUGAAGAAAGUGAAUGAUAAUACCAUUUCUACAACAGAGGAAAACUAUGAAGACAUGAGGAAGAAACAGCAGGAGGAAAAUUGCGACGGGGCACGAGGUACAAGUAGUAAUCACGUGUUAUCUAAGGACAAAUUGCAGGACUUGAAUAAUGUGAGCCAAGGAUUUAAGUACUUUUUUUUGACUGUUCUUCGGAGCAUCAAAUCGAGGAGUGUUGAUAUGUACAAUGAAGAAAUCAAAGAGAUAAUUAAAAAAAAUAAUAUGAUUUUUUUUGAUAAGUACGAUUUUAAAAAUGAGAAAAUUAAUUGUUUUUUCCUUUUCUGUCAAAUACGGUUUGAUAUUUGUGGGCCGGAAAUCUGGUUUACGUCCAAAUUUGACGAGAUACUUUUCACGCACAUGAAUUAA